AUGCCUCAGGCCCUUUCUAAUCAGAAGCCAACCGCUCGCGAAACCCGGCCUGCCUCGCCUGUCUCCCAGGACGAGGCUAUGUGCGAAGGUUUGUGGAUGCAAGAGAAAGGAAAUCCGGAUCACAACCAAGGUUUAAUUGGAAAAGACCGUUCGACUACUCCUCAUAUUAGACAGAAUAUUCCGUACACAGAACAGUUGAUUGCGGUUCCAUCCGAUGUUGCCGAAAUGGCGUCUCACAGAAGUCCCUCUUUAGAGAAGUUCGGGAAAGCUGGAUUGGUCUCUGGGAUCCAAAAUCUCGGCCUUGAAAAUGAAAAAGCUCAUAGAAAUCCAGCUCAUGCUGGCAUUGGAGGUGUCAUGCAAUGCUUUCAGUCAGCAAAUUGUUCAAUGGGACUACGGGAUCCUAGCCAGGAUGCACUCCCAGGUUCCAGUCUUAACAAUAUGACUGAAGAAAGCCAGCUGAAAUGGGGUCAAGGCGAGGGCAUCAACUUGAACGAUUUGCUUUCGAAUUUUGUUGUUUCCAAAGAUGACACAGAAGAAACAGUAUCUGAUAACGAUACUUCCGAUAAUGGCAUCGACAAGCGUUCUAUCCACAAGCCUAGGACAUCUUUAGGUGUUCUCGGUGAUCGAAUCGACUAUGGGGGUAUGGACGCAAGCGAUUGCCUUCCGCCAUGGACCAAAACUCUUUCUGGAGACGACACAGCAGAGACGGAAGCAAAGAACAUGUGCAUUUCCACUGUCUGCUUUGCGGAUCCUGGUGGUAUAGACGCCAGUUUCGGCCUUCCCGAAUGGGACGAAGACAAGUUUAAACAACUGGUCGCCGAAGACCAGCAACAAGAGGUAGUCGUACUGGAAACGACUCACACCACCACCAGCAAUAUCAGGUAA